UAGCAUAAAAUUUCGAAAUUAGUCUCCGUAUUCAACAUUUUUUUACCGCAAACUUUUGAAGUGAAAGUAUUCAAAAUCUUAUCAUAUAUAUAUAUCAGUGAAAUUUUUCGAAGAUAUUUCAUCUAACUGAUAAUAACUUCUAGGAAAAGGAAUCUUUUAAGCGUAUUACUCACUUGAAAAUGGAAGUAAUACAAAAUAAUUCUGUUGAGGCAGAAUCAUGUUCAGACAAGAAAUCGAAAUCUGAAAUGGAUACUGAUAGUGGAUCUCAUAAAUUUUCUAAUCAUCCUGAUCUUGAAGAAUUCCGGAUACUUCAAGCCCAAUUUGCUGAAGAUAGAAACUGGAAUCAGUAUCAUACACCUAGAAAUUUGCUACUCGCUUUGGUUGGUGAAGUUGGAGAACUUUCAGAACUUUUCCAGUGGAAAGGUGAAGUUAAAGAUGGCCUACCUGAUUGGACUGAAAGUGAAAAAGAACAUUUAGGUCAAGAACUAAGUGAUGUUUUACUGUAUCUGAUACGAUUGAGUGAUAAAUGUCGCAUCGAUCUUCCAUCUGCUGCUUUAAAAAAAAUCUCCAUGAAUGCUAUAAAGUAUCCUGCGUCUAAAGUGUAUGGUUGCAAUAAAAAAUACAACGAAUAUGAAAAGGAAAAAGAAAAUCAUUAAUCAUCUUGGUAUAAUUAGACAUUAAUUCUUGUGUGUAUUAAAAUUAUGUAAA